AACGAAUGAAUGACUUUUUAAACAUAUCGAAAUCAAUGAGUCGUUAACUAAUGGCAGACUUGAUCCUUUUUAAACGGUAGAUUUGACUCAAAACUAGAACGCAAAAUUGAUACCUAUAUUAGCAAUUUAAUAACGGCAUUAAAUUAUUUUCCUUGAGCAAAAACUGAGUUUUAAAAGUUAAUGAUGCAAGGAAUAUCAUCAUCAGUGCUCCUUGUCGUUUGUUUUCUCGUAAUCAGUGCAAAUGGCCAAUCUUUGAAUAACAGUGCAAUUUACUCUAUCAAAAUCGAAGCUCUCCAAGCGGAAUCAAUCGUGCAAGAAAAGUCCGAACGGAUCGCGACUCAAGCCCUUGACUUGAUUCGGGAAGCAAACGACUCGCUCAGUGAGCUUCUCGCAGUAGAUGAUGAGGCAAUCGAUUACGUAACUUUAUCGAGCGGUGUCGAUUAUGCAAUAGCCGAAGCGGACCGAAUGGUCGAAAUUUCUGAUUAUAUUUUUCACAAUAGUCGGAACCGAUCGAGUGACGUUAAAAAGUGGUCACACGAUUCAGUUCUAGAAAAUACUAGAAAAAACGACGAAAUGGACGGUGAUAACGAAAAAGAUGACGAAGAAAAUUUGUCUGAGUCUUCCGCAGACCAGGAUGAUAACGAACGUUCUGAUGACAAUGACACCCAAACCAAUGAUGACGACGACAAUAAAGAAGACGACGAAAAAGGCAGCAAAGAGGAAGAUGAAGAAGACGAUGAAGUAGACGAUGAAGAAGAAGAUGAGGUAGAAAAUGACAGCGACGACGACGACAACGACGACGACGACAACGACGACGAUGAUAACGAUGAUGAGGAUGAUGAUGAUGAUGAAGAUGAUGAUGAUGAUGAUGAUGAUGAUGAUGAUGAUAAGAAUGAUGACGAUAAUGAAAAACGACGGACAAAACGUACUUCCGAAAACUCCGAUGACGACGACGAUGCUGACGAAUCCAAAAUUUUGAAUAAUAGCACCACUAAUAUAACUACGCCGAGUUUGUAUGAGAGUUCCGACAACAAUAUUGAUGACCCGGAUUGUAUCAAAACGAGUCCUCUUGAAAAGAUACAAAGCGAUAAAAUCAUAGAUUUGGUUGAUGACAUAAUUGAACUGUCUUAUAACAUAACAGCAGUUUACGGAUUUGUAGCUGAUUUGAUCAUUCAAUCCUCAAAUCAGAGUUCGGAACAAUUUGGGCUGGUUUUCGACGCCACCGACUCGAAGAUCAAAAUAUCUGAGGCAAGUUUCUCGAUUCGCCAGGCGGCGGAGGAGCUUCGCGAGGCGGAGAGGACGGCGCAAGGGGUAGCAAAGCAAACUGACCUUUUUUCUUGGGCAUAGUGUAUUUAGAUAUCUAUCUAUAGGGAAUUUCAAAAAAUUUGAUAUGCAUUUUUUAAAAAAAGGGCAAUUUUUUAAGUUUAAAACAUAGUUUUGCAUGCAGUUUCGAUGUUUCAGACAACUUUGAGUCACAAAUUUAGUCUAAAAUACUAGCUGAUGGCUGCAUUUAAAGCUUUCCCAAAUGGGUCAAUUUGGGACCAGUUCUAAACUAGUAUUUAUAAACCAAUUAUAUUAUUGAUAAACUACCUCUGUAAAAUAAUACUAACUAACCAAUCAUAUUCCAUCUCUAACAUUGACACUUAUUUGUAAGUG